AUGCACAUUGUCGAGCCCGAAUACAGCCAAAAGUGGCGAGCCUUCAAGGAGGCGUGGGAGCUGCGUACCAAAAAUCACCUCUCCUUGGAGGAUGAGCUGGUCUUCAUGCGCUUUCACUUCCACUUCUUCCAGGAUGUGGCGGCCACGCAAGCUUUGGCAUCUGGUGCAGCUCCUCAGUUGAGCGUUGGAUCUGCAAGUGCCGGUGGCGGCCGAAAGCGAAGAGGUGCUGGGGCCUCCCGUCUAUCCUCAGGGAUGGUGAGCACUGAAAGCCUCGUUGCAGCCAUGAGUCCAAAGGCUUCGAAGACAGGGUUGGAGUCACUUCUUGGCGAGGAGGGCGUGGACCUGACGUUUCCAGAACUUGGACGCAGGACAUCUCAACGAAGAAAGGUAGAGCGCAAGAAGCUGGACAAGGUGGAUGAUGCAGACGUUAGAUCCUCCAGGCGCCUCCAAGGCAAUUCUCUGUUCUUGUUGGUUCGAUACGGAUCUGCCAAGAACUGGACUUUCCCGAAGGCAGAUCGGCUGCAUGGCCACACAAUGCGAGAAACUCUGCUAGAAUUGGCAGAGCAACAGCUUGGACAAGAAUUUGCGCCGUACUUGGUGGGUGCCUGUCCCUUCACGUACCGAAAGCGCCUGAGCACCCAACACUCGGGCAUUCAGGGCCGGAAAAUCUUUUACUAUCGAGCUCGGCUAGUUCCAGGGUCAGAGCAACUUGUCUGCGAAUUUGCCGCCACUAGAACUUCCGAAUGUCAGCAUCAACCGAAAGGGGUGGCGUGCUGGGGGCCUCAAUCUUUUCUGGAGGGGUUGGGGUGUGUGUCUUGA